CUUUACUCUUCAAAGAAUAAGAUUUUAUGGGAAUAUAUUUCUGUUGUGGCGCAGUCGAAUGGCACUUUUGGGUAUAUGUGGGAAUGCCCCGACUUCUUGAAACUUGACGGCAAAUAUGUCCUUCUGUUUUCGCCUCAAGGCGUUGCACCUUCUGGGGACAAAUACAGAAAUUUGUACCAAGCUGGUUACAUAAUUGGCGACUUUAACUACUCGACUCAUAAGUUUACUCCAACUUCAGAUCUUGUGGAGCUCGAUCACGGACACGACGUUUAUGCUACUCAGACCACUUUAGACAAUUUUGGGCGCCGUAUCGUCGUUGCAUGGUUUGAUAUGUGGGAACAAAACUACCCUGAAGGCGAAGAUGGUUUUACUGGUAUUAUGACCAUUCCCAGAGAGCUUCGAUUAUUAAACGGCAACCUUGUGCAGAUACCCAUACAAGAGGUUUAUGGCAUCAGGGGAAGCAAAGUAGCAGCAAUAAACGGAAAUUAUACUCUAAGGGACAAAGCUGGCGAAGUUAAUGUUCUCGCUAACGGUUCUCAAGAUUUUGUACUAUACAUCGGAUCGAACAAUGUCAAAGUGACGAUAUGUUACGAUGCCGCGAACGGCAAAGUAAUACUAGACCGCGGAGGCACCGACAGCACACGCCGCGCGGAUUGGAAACCUUUGCGGAAUCUGAAAUGGAGAAUCUUUGUGGACGCGAGCUCUAUCGAGCUGUUCUGCGGAGAGGGCGAGGUAACUUUCUCGAGCAGAUUCUUCCCUGAUGGUGAAGUAGUCAUUUACCAAGGUGGAGGAGCGGUAUUGACUGUACACGAAAUUUUACGCACUAUGCCUCGUCCAUCAUAAACGUUGCUCGAAAUCAAGACGAAGACACUUCCACCCAAU